UGCAAUUUCUAUGUCUCCCCGUGGACUUUAUACUCGAAACACUACCAUAUCAUUUGAAUGAUUCCGUCAUCAUUCAUAUCCAGAAUUGUCACGUUCGCAAAACUUGGAAACAACUCAAAACAGAGAUUGAAGUGGAUAAUUUGGGAAUAUCAAUGUCUGUACCUCGGAACCCCUCUUGUUACCUUUGGUUGGACUCCAACAAGAGCCUACAUCCAUGGAUGCAGAAUAAUUACGAUUUUCAACCGUCUGUGAAAUUCCUCGAUUUAAAUUUUUGGGAUGAUGAGUUUGGAGAUCUCACGUUGCCGAAAGAGCUCACACAUGUGACACAUCUCUAUAUUUCUGGUGAUGUAGACCUCUGCCACCUCCCUGACACACUCACAAAUAUUACCCAUCUCUCUCUUCAUACUGAAGAUGACACUGAUGAUUCAUUUGACUACUUUCUUGAUAGCCUAGCAGAGCCAUCAAACUUGGUAUCUUUAGAGGUAGAUCUUAGUGAAACAUACUUGCCGUUGAACAUCCAUCAAUUCGUCAACCUUAAAUGUCUCACGGUAAGAAAUGCCGACAGCAAGCAAUUAGUACCUGAUAACUGGGAAAAGCUAUCUAAAUUCAAAUCCUUGGUUCUCUACAGAUGUUAUGAUGUAUCAUUGCCGACACAUUUGAAUCUCACCAACCUCAAGCUUGUCGAUUGCUUUUUCAAGAAUGUCAGCUUACUACCUACAAGUAUACAUCGCCUAGAAUUAUUGCAUAGCCAAGACUGUUGCUGUGAUGACGCGUAUUGUAGUGAAGAGCCUAUAGUAUGCUUGAAUCAGUUGGUCAACCUAAAGACGCUCUCAAUAACAUGUUACAAGUACACUAGCAACCUAUUUCCCAGCAUAGCAGGACUACGCAACUUGAAAGAAUUACAUUCUCAAUAUCAGCGGUACCAGAAUCAAGUCCUUUCCUGAUUGCAUCACAAAGCUACAAAAGUUGAAACAUGUAAUCCUACCCAAGUGCUUCAGAAAGGAAAAUUUACCCAAUAAUUCAAAAACGAAGUACAUCACUGAUUACACGGAUGAAGACUACUACAAGCAUAGAGGCUAUUAUGGUAGUGAAUAUGAGACCUCAAAUAUAACCUCUGAUGAAAGUAAUGAGAUCACAGUAGUAGAUUCUGCAGAGGUAGCCGACAAAGUGGUUUCAGAAUAUUCACAGGAAGGCAUCAUUUCGCAGCAGAUAUCAUCACCCCAACUCCUGAGUAUACCUAAUGCUAAUCAGUUUCUUGAAGAUACUCAUUUCACUGGUAGAAGCAAUACAAUGGGCGAAAGUUCACAAGUUCAAGAGAUGGAAACUUCAUCUACAGGACUCAAUUCAAAUACAAAUGAAAUAAAUCUCACCGACCAGAUGUUGGAAUUCGGAUUUGGGAACUCAUCAUUUGAUUUUGGGCACAUUUCUUAUAGUGAUGUGACUAAUAUUGAUCAUGUUGAGAAUAACCAUCAUGCUUCAGAAUAUACGCAGAACAACGAGAACCCACCAAGUGAUGAGAACCAGGGAAAGAGACAGAAGAAGGAGAUUACUCAUGAGAAAAAUCCAUGUCUGAUGGAUAAAAACAUGACACAUGAGGAGCUAGGCGAAUUUAAUCACAAUGGAGGAGAGGAUGCAGUUUAUGAGAUCAGUCACAGCGCUUCUUGCGGUUCACCGGACCAAGACAUGGAGAAUAUGCCUGUAGGAAAUGAUAAAGAUUCAACAUCCACCGUAGUUCGCCGAGGGAAACGUAACAAAAUAGAGUUUAAUUUGACUAGAGAGGAACUUGAAUCAUACUGGUCCAGAAACAUGACGGUAGAAGAUGUUGCAAAAGACAUAGGUGUGUCAAGGUCUACAUUUAAACGCUGGUUGAAGGCCUCCGGUAUUAAAUGGCAAACAAGCAGGAUUUCGAAAAGUCAAUGUGCCAACAACAAGAAUACCAAUACUGCAUCAUUCUCUGGAAGUAAACCUGCAGAGGUCAAUUGUCAUGAACAUGCACCUGAGUGUUUAAGUGAUGCAAAUGAAUGUGAUGUCGUUAACAACUUAACCCUUGCUGUGACAAUGGAUACUGAGGAAGAGCCUGGAGUAGCAACGCAAUGCCAUAGCAAUGGUAGCGAACAGGCCUCUGACACUCUGGUGGGUGCAGAUCAGGGUACUCAACAAGAGAGUCCAAGUUUAAGCAAAUUCAUUGUGAAAGCCACUUACAAAGAUGAUACUGUUAGAUUUCAUAUCUCUUCAACUGCUAGUUUCCAUGAACUAGAAAAAGAAGUGGCCAAAAAUCUAAAACUCAAGCUGAGCAAAUUUAAAAUAAAAUAUCAUGAUGAGGAGCAAGAGUUGAUGCUAAUGACCUUGGACUCUCACUUGAAGGAACUUCUAGAUCUUUCAAAAUCAUCUGGUAGCAAAAUUGUUCGAUUGUUAAUAUCUGAUUUGUGAAUGUCAUAAUUGAAUAAAUAGAUUUCUUAAGUUACUAUUCAGGAAAUUGUAAAUUACGACACUUCAUGAAUUCAUUGUGAUGUUUA